AUGUUGAAGUGGCUACACUCUACAUUUCAAAGAAUACUGCAAUUUAUAUCAGGGACCACACAAUCAAAGCCAAACAGUUGGGGUUCCAUUUCGGAGCUAAUUCAACCCAAAAGAGUUGCUUGCUCACUAUUGACAGAUGAAAGUAAAUUUGCCCAAGUGGAUGUAGCAUUGGAGUCUUUCCUAUUUACCAAGACUAGAAAACUUGAAGGCAUCAAUGAUCUGCAAAACCACUUGGAGAAAACUGAGUCAUGCAUUCAAGACCUUGAACAAGGGCUUGAGUUUCUGUUUAGACGUCUUAUGAAAAUCAGAGUCUCACUUCUUAAUAUCCUUAACCAUUAG